ACCCUCCGAAAAGCCACCCAUCCGGGAAAGGAGCCCUAAUCUCAAGGCCGGCGGCUGCGACUGCGAGCGCUCCUCCACCAGUCCCCCCCUCCCCAGCCGCCGCCAGCCGAGCCGAGCUCGCCGGCUCUCUCUCCGCUCCUCCGUUCCUCUUCGGGUUUUCGGGAUGGAGGCCGAGGCGGCGGCCAAGAGGGCGCGGGAGAGCGCGGAGGACGCCGUGGCGGCGGGGGCGGGGGCCGAGGUGGCGGGUGCUGGGGCCGGCGACCAGGCGGGGAUCUCCGCCGUCAUCCCAGGAUGGUUCUCCGAGAUUAGCCCCAUGUGGCCUGGUGAGGCGCACUCUUUGAAGGUGGAGAAGGUGCUGUUCCAAGGGAAGUCAGACUACCAAAAUGUCAUGGUUUUCCAGUCAUCUACAUAUGGCAAGGUGCUCGUGCUGGAUGGAGUGAUUCAGGUUACUGAGAGGGAUGAGUGUGCAUACCAAGAGAUGAUUACCCACCUUUCCCUUUGCUCCAUCAAAGAUCCCAAGAAGGUGUUGGUUAUUGGAGGAGGCGACGGUGGUGUUCUGCGUGAAGUUUCACGACAUUCCUCUGUGGAACAAAUUGACAUUUGUGAAAUUGACAAGAUGGUGGUAGAUGUGUCCAAGCAAUUUUUCCCUCAUCUGGCUGUUGGAUUUGAGGACCCUCGUGUGUCAUUAAACAUUGGAGAUGGGGUUGCCUUUUUGAAAAAUGUACCAGAGGGUACUUAUGAUGCAGUGAUUGUGGAUUCCUCUGAUCCGAUAGGUCCGGCCCAAGAGCUUUUUGAGAAGCCUUUCUUCCAGUCCGUGGCCAGAGCUUUACGCCCGGGCGGAGUUGUAUGCACCCAGGCAGAGAGCAUAUGGCUGCAUAUGCACAUCAUUGAAGACAUCGUUGCUAAUUGUCGCCAAGUUUUCAAAGGCUCGGUUAACUAUGCUUGGACAACAGUACCUACAUAUCCUAGUGGAGUGAUUGGGUUCAUGCUUUGCUCAACCGAGGGGCCCACUGUUGAUUUCCAGCACCCCGUCUUCAACAUUGAAGAGGAUGAGUAUUCUACAAAAUCAAAAGGACCCCUGAAGUUCUACAACUCUGAGAUCCACACGGCAUCAUUUUGUUUGCCAUCUUUUGCGAAGAGGGUCAUCGAGGCAAAGGCCAACUAGACUUCAAGGGAUUUCACUAAGCCUAGUCAGUUGGACCAAGUACCUUAGGCACAACACAAAAUUUGUUGUAGCAUGAAAAGGGGGAGCCCCUCCCCCUUUUUUCCUUUGAAAUAAGUGCUGGAGAUGAGAUGCGAGCAGUUAUCGGGGUUGUCGAUCUAUAUGAUUCUGUUAGUUGCACGUCUCGGCUGCACCAGGCAGUGCAGCCGUGAAAACAUUUUGUGAUAGCUGUUAUCGGCAGUCCUCAGAUCAUUUAUCAAUAUGAGUAUUGGCAUCAUGUAUCGAGUUUCCGGUUCCAUACCACGACCGGUCCUUUGCUGCGCAGAUCUGAACCAAAACUGUUUGCACAUGUCACCUGAGAAAACUGCCAUAGGAUGCACUUACUUUGUUCAGACAGCUCAGCUCCUGAUAGUUUUUAACGUGAGGUCGUAUUAUCA